AUGCUUCGUAGUUGGUUUAACACCCCUACUACUAUAGAUACUAAACCUUUGGCUGCUAAACAAAGCAUGGCAAUCGAUACAACAGCUAGACAUCAGGGUGAAAAGCUGUUUAACACAAUUACUACUACUCCUCUUCCUCCUCCUACAACUCCCAUGACCGCCACUGCAAAUGCAACAAACACAAGGACUAUGAUGGUGAGUCCAAAAGUGCUGCCCACUGUGAAAUCAACAUCUGUCAAUGUCAACAUGGAUGAUCAGAUCAAUACUGCCAAUAAUGAUUCAGCCAUGUCAUUCGAAUUCGACGCAGAGCCCUUGCGAUCUGCCUCUAUAUCACUGUCGAUUGAGCUGGCUAAAAAGACAUCUUACUCGUCAUUGAAUAGCCCGUCGAGUCUCAAUACUACAGCUACCAGCAAGCCCAUAUUCAUGCAAAAACCAGACAAUAUUACUCCGCAGUCCAGUUUGCCAAAAUACAUCCAUAAGCAUGCACAACAGCAAGAAAGGCCUUCUUCUGUAGCCAGCCAUUCCUCGAAUUCAUUGUUGCAACGCAUGGCUCAUUCACCUAAAGCGGCCCCAGCAACAUUCUCGACAAGUGUGUCUGCAAAUGGCAAAAAUAAUUCACACCAAGCCAACACUGAGAGCAGCAAUACAUCAGCGGUUAUUGAAAGCUUAUCAAAGCAGAUCAACCCUCCUGCUCCUCCUGCAGCUGAAGAUUUAGAUGAAUUGACAGAGGAAGACAUACACAAUGUUGCUACCAAUACAGCCACACCCGCGGUAUCCAUGAACACAACAGACGAUGAAGAAAACGUGGAUCAUCAGCAGGAAUCACAACAGCACCCACAAGAACAGCAACAAAAGUUAGAUUCCUCACAAUCCACCACGUGUGCAAAUGCCACGCAGAAACCAUUCGUCGUCGCUCAGGAAAAAGGAAAUCAGAAAGUCGGUGGAUUUUGGACUUGGCUUGGCUUCCCAUCCUCGGAUACAGAGUCGACAGUGGUGGACACUAUUACAACAAGGGGUACAGUUGCAACAGUAGAAAAACCUUUGGGGUCGAAAGGAGAAGACACGCAUCAGGAUAAACCACAGCAGCUACAGCAACAACAGGAAGGGGAAAUAAAUGGGAUGAGAGAGGCAGUGGAUCAGAAUAAUACAACCACCACAACCACCACAACCACCGCGGCAUCUAAUCUAACAGCAGCAGCAGCAGCAGCAGCAGCAGUAGAGUUGGAUAAAUCAGACCAGAAAAUCAAGACGUCUUCUUGGUCAUCCUUCUUAUUCUCAUCGAGACCGUUGUCGAUCCACCAACAGCAACCACAACAAAAACCUGCUGUUCCUGCAAACCAAACGUUAGAAACAUCCACAUCCACAUCAACAACAACAACAAAUACAGAUACAAAUACACAAGCAGUUACCACAGCAGCUGACGAGUCGGCUUCAGAUGCAAACCUUCGCAAAGUGAAAAGCACAUCGUCUCUGCCGUCUUCUCCUUUAUCAACAACACAGACUUUGCGCUAUUCAGCAUCCAUAUCAUCCUUUCAGCAGCCAUCAAAAAAAAAGAACUUUGUGUUUCCACCAUUCGAAUCGCAAUUUUUAGAGAACGACACUGCAGAAACGAAUACAAUUUCGGCAUCAAAUGCAUCUACAACCACCAGCACUCAGCAUAACAAUAGCAGUAGCCUGAUUAUCAAAGCGAUGGAUGCUAUCAAUUCCAUCCUCAUACCUGUGCCUGCACCACCUGCUGAAGACGACAAUACAUCUAAUUGGAUAGCAAAACGAAUGCGUGCUAAAUUCUCCAACUUUGUGGAAGAUAUCAAGCAAUAUACGUCGGCCAAGGACCCGGUGCAGUCUGCCAUGCUUGAUAAACGCAUCGUUGUGGUGGGUGUGCAUGGCUGGUUCCCCAUGAAGCUCGUGCGUAGCAUGAUAGGUGAGCCUACAGGAACAUCGAUCAAGUUCUGUGAACAGAUGGUUUCGGGUGUAAAACUUUAUUUUGAAUCGGUUCAUCAGGUCACAUUGCCUGAUGAUGCUAUUACAAUGGUACCAUUGGAGGGAGAAGGCAAAGUAGAGGACAGAGUGAAUCAACUGUAUACAAAGCUGAUUGACAACUCGAAAUGGCUGGAAGCAGUGUCUUCAGCAGACGUCGUUUUAUGGGCAACACAUUCCCAGGGAACUCCUGUCUCCAUCAUGCUCCUGCAAAGACUACUAGAGAGAGGUCAUAUUCAUGUGAUACGACAAUCCAUCUGUGUGCUAGCCAUGGCUGGUAUCUCCAGCGGGCCUUUUCCUGCUCUCAAAGGCAGCCUCAUUGUCAAGUAUUUCGAAGCCGAUGCCGCACGUGAAUUGUUUGAAUUCAUGGACUCCAACAGCCCCAUCUCGAUCAAGUUCCGCCAAUCACUUUCCUAUGUGCUAAGAUGUGGAACCAAGGUAGUGCUCACAGGCUCUAUGCAAGACCAAGUGGUGCCAUUGUAUUCUGCCAUCAUGUCAUCGGUGAAUCACUCGAGCAUAUUGCGUUCUAUUUACAUUGACGGACACAUUUAUUCCCAGAACGACUUUCUCAUCAAUUUGAUUGUGUUUGCAUUAAGGUUGCGGAACUCGGGUCUAUCAGAUCAUGAUUUACUGACCCAUUUGAGCGAGGUAUUGGCAGGCAGCUUAUAUGCAUUGGAGGGUGGUCAUUCUACCAUUUACGAAGAAUUGGAAGUGUACAUGACAGCCAUUCGAUAUACAUUUGAAACAGCUCCUUUUGGUAAAUACACUCGUCGCAUGUCUCCUUCGUUCCAAACACCACCAUCAUCCACACAACCAAAGAAGUCAGCAUCAGCAGAAGAUGCAGUACUGGAGUCAUUUCAAGCAAAGCAGCAACAAAACCCUUUUUAUCUGCCUUGGGCAUUACAUGCUGUGUGUACAGAUCCGUUGAUUCUUGCAGAUGAACCACUGAAAGAGGAUCUUCGUCAUUUGCAGGAGCUUUUUGAACAGUGGAAUCCUACCAGUACUCGAUUGAGAGAACUAAAAUUUAGAUUAGAUCCUCUUCGAACUAUCAAGUUGUAA